GCUCGCUCUCUGCGCGGUGCACCCUGGGAGCUGUAGUUCCGGCGUGGUGAGGUCUGGAAGACAGAGCGCGAGUCCUGGACUACAUCUCCCAGCAACCUACGCGGCUGUCUCGCGGCUCGGUGACCAUGGCGCUGUAUGAGUGAGGGAGAGCGGACCGGACACCGGGGACCAGAGACAAUGGGCUCCAGGGUGAAGCAAAAUCCAGAGACUACAUUUGAAGUUUACAUAGAAGUGAGCCGUCCUGAAACAAAUGCGCCAAAUGAAGAUCCUGAGCUGCAGAGGAUCUUCCCAGAAGACUUCAGUGACCAGGAAGUCUUGAAUACCGUCCCCAAAUUCUGCUUUCCAUUCUCUUUAGACAGCCUUUCGGCCAGUCAUGUCGGGCAGAACUUUACAUUUGUGCUGACUGACAUUGACAGCAAGCAGAGGUUUGGCUUCUGCCGGUUAUCUUCAGGCGCUAAAAGCUGCUUUUGUAUCUUAAGCUACCUCCCUUGGUUUGAAGUCUUCUACAAGUUGCUCAACAUCUUGGCUGAUUACUCUCUGAAAAACCAGGAUACUCAGCGAAAUGCACUGCUUGACACUCUUUAUAAACUGCCCAUCCCAGAACCAGGAACUGAAGUUCAUCUCAGUGUGCAUUCCUACUUCACAGUGCCUGAUCCCCGAGAUCUGCCCAGUAUCCCAGAGAAUAGGAAUCUGACAGAAUAUUUUGUGGCUGUAGAUGUGAAUAAUAUGCUGCACCUAUAUGCCAGUAUGCUGUAUGAACGCAGGAUCCUUAUUUGUUGCAGCAAACUCAGCACGUUGACUGCCUGCAUCCAUGGAUCUUCUUCAAUGUUGUUCCCUAUGUACUGGCAACAUGUUUACAUCCCAGUUCUUCCUCCGCAUCUGCUGGAUUACUGCUGUGCACCGAUGCCCUACCUCAUUGGUAUACACUCGAGUCUAAUGGAGAAAGUAAAAGGUAUGAACCUGGAAGAUAUAAUAAUUCUGAAUGUAGAUACAAACACCUUGGAGACUCCAUUUGAUGACCUUCAGAAUUUACCAAGUGAAGUGGUUUCUGCACUGAAAAACAGACUUAGAAAGGUCUCCACAACUACAGGGGAUGGAGUGGCACGAGCUUUCCUCAAAGCCCAAGCUUCUUUGUUUGGGAGCUAUAGAAGUGCACUGAAAAUUGAGCCAGAGGAACCGAUCACAUUUUGCGAGGAGACCUUUGUGUCCCACCGUUCCAGUGGAAUGAGGCCAUUUCUUCAAAAUGCAAUUCAGCUGCAGCUUUUUAAACAGUUCAUAGAUGGACGCCUUGACCUGCUGAACACAGGAAAUGGAUUUAGUGAUGUAUUUGAGGAAGAGAUUAAUAUGGGAGAAUAUGCUGGCAGUGACAAGCUGUACCACCAGUGGCUGUCAACAGUAAAGAAAGGAAGUGGAGCCUUUAUUAACACAAUGAAGACCAGAGCUAAUCCAGCUAUGAAAACAGUCUACAAGUUUGCUAAAGACCAUGCCAGGAUGGGAAUUAAAGAAGUAAAAAAUCGCCUAAAACAGAAGGACCUAGCAGAAAAUGGAUGUAGUGUUGCUUCUGAAGAACCACUUCCUAGAAAGUCACCUUCACCAUCAGCCGAGAAGAAGGAUCCUAAAGCUAGGGAGGACAGACGACCCAUCACAGUGCACUUUGGUCAGCGGGAAAAGAACCCCCCACCACGCCCUCCUCCUCCAAGGAUACAGCGCUGCAGCGUCCCUGUGCGCCCUCCAAGGCCUAAUGUUCCUCGACGUCCCAAAAGCAAUGCAGUUGUGGAAAGCCAUAGGACAUCUAUAUCCAGCCCCGACCACGUUGUGAAGCCCACACGCCACUAUACUGUCUUCCUUUCUGAAGAUUCUUCUGAUGAUGAGUUCCUGCAGGAGGAGGAUCCUGUGUCUGCCUUUUCUGAAAACUUUAUCUUCUCUGCUCCUUUUGAAUGGCCUCAGCAGUAUAGAACCUUGAAGGAAUCAGACCCUGAUGGUGAUGAAAUGAUUAGCCCAGAAAAGGAGAGCGACUCCAUGACCGAACAAGAGCAACCCAAUACGGAUAUAAAUCUUCUUGAUGAUAUUUUUAGUAAUAUAGGUGUAGAAUCACAGCCACCACUUCUGAGUCAAGCUAAGAGUCUUGAAGAUCUCAGGACUCCCAAAGAAGACCAUGAAGACCACUUCACAUUUGAUUAUCAGAGAAUGGAUUUUACAGUUCCAGAGAGAAAUCGCUUAAUGACAACAAUGAAGCACAGCAACCCUUACAACAAAUUGUGGGGCAUGGGGCAGGACGAUAUGGCAAUUCCAAAUAAGUACAUUCAAAUUUCACCAGAAAGAUACCAGACCUUUCCCCGGAGUGACACAAGCACCCCACAAAAAAAGAUGACAUCACUUUCUGUAGAAAAAGAGGGACCACCCAGCAACAACCAAAGCAGUAUCACUAUCCCACGACCACAUGGAAGGAAGACUCCAGAGCUGGGUAUUGUCCCACCUCCGCCAGCACUCAGACUCUCUAAACCGCAGAAUGCAACAGCAUUGACAGAGCCAGGGAAACAUCAGCUUGGGGAAAGUUUUGGCUUCCCUCUCCAAACAGCAACAGGGUCUUUUGCAGAAGUGCUAACUGCCGACAGCAACAGACAGGUCCCUGAUUCCAGUUCUAUGGACCUUCUGCAACCUGUCAAGGUUUCCACAGAUGUUUGCCUAAAUGAUGAUUUUCUAAGUCUUUUGGAUCCUUUAAAAACAGAUCAAAGGCAGAGUGAAGGCUUUCCUACUGUUGCUGGGAAUAUCCAUAGCUCAGAAGCUGCCCAUUCCUCCACUACUCAAUGUUAUGCUCCAUUGCAAAGUGAUUUUACAGUUUUCCCUCAUCAGCUGGGUUUCUCAACCCCACAACCAUCAUUUGUGCAUUCACCACUUAAUCCAUUUAUCCAAGUAAUGCCACCUGACCAGUCAGUGUCCAUCAUAGGUAUCAAACCACGACCAUUCACUCCACCAGUUAUUUCUAACCCUAUUUUUACCAGAAGUGUGUUUUAUCACAGUCAGCGACGUCCUGUUCCAGGUUUUUCAGGAAGUGGUCUUUUACGUCAAGCACCCUCAAGUUCACCAGCCAAUCAAAAAAUACAUCAAAGUCACAAAACCUUAGAACCAACCCAGAAUGUUUCAUCGGCUGUCAGUGGUCCUGGAGGACAAAGAACUUUUCCUGUGACUCAGCCACUCUCUAAACCCCAAGAUGGCAAGCACAGGGAAUAUCCAGUCAUCCCUCCUAGACCUUCCAAAUUAUCAGACCCCGUUCUACUUCCCUCCAAACCAGGUCAGCCCAAGGAUCCUUUCGAAGAGCUGCUCAGUAAAACCAAAGAAGCAGUAACACCAACUUCUGGUAAAGUAGAACAGCUUCGAAAGCGGUGGGAGACAUUUGAGUGAGAUUCAGGUUCAUAAACUUUUGCUAAAAAGCAAACCACACAAUUGUAAACAAUGUUUAUUAGCUCUAAUGAAAGUGUUUGCUGAUAGAGUUCAGGCUUAAAUAUUUUCAAUUAAAGGCUUUAAUAUCAAUGGACUUAA